AUGGCUUCACCAGCGAGCCCAUCAGCCAUCGCGGCCGAAGAAGAAGAAGAAGAGCCUGUAACGCUCAACUCGGUGGCUGAAAAGGACUUGACUGCAAGAUGCAAGCCGCGGACCAUCGCAUACUGUCCUAACAUGGACCUGGUUGCAGUCGUUACAGAGGACGAGCAGGUGAACGUGUACAGGCUGAACGGCCAGCGGGUGUUUGGCGGGGCCUACGGGCUGGGAGAGGAAGACGACGAGAAGGGCGUCGUGAGAGCCGUAGGGCUAAGGUGGAAGGAGAAUGGUAUUUAUAUUCACAUCCUACUACUGGUUUAUCUUGGGAAGAUGGUGCAUAUCCUGACCGCAGAGCCUGCACAAGCGCCGUUCUCAUCGCCGCAACGGCCAAGCGGGAGUAUUUCGUGCAUUGGAUGGGGUGUCAGCUUUGCAGAGACGGACAGCCUGUUGAAGAACCUGAAGGAUCCAGAGGGCAAGCUGAGUCUAGAUGACCUGUUGAUGUCCGACACGAAGCUGUCUGCUCAUCUGGGGUUUCUCAAGGCGGAUCUACCGCGUGAACUAGCCCUGCUAGACAUUGAGGGUUCGCUGCCGAAGCUGAGUACGCUGCCGUCUACGGGUGAUGAUGACGAUGUCUUUAGUAGCAGGGUGUCUCUUGACUCUAUAUUCCAUUCUCCGGUGAAAAACCCAGGAGACUCGGUGGACGUGCUGCUUGCCGGGCUUGAUGACGGCUCAAUCCAUAUGAGGAUCUUCGAGAGCUUUGAGAUCGGUUCUAUCGAUGUGUCUAGCUCCCUGGAUGGGUCAGAUAGUGAUGCCAGCGAAAGUGGAGGGUAUAAAACUCUGCUCCAUGCAUCCCAUCCGAUGAGCACGACGCAUGCACUUCUCUUUCAGAGCGAGGCCGGAAUGAAACUGUUAAAUCUAGACCUACGGUUCAUCACCAAGGCAGGCAGGUAUCUGCCCCUGCUUGCAUCGAAGGUCACACAGCUGCAGAAUCUACUCCGGUAUAUCAAGCAAGUUCAAGCACAGAUGCACCUGGAGUGGAAAAAUGCACGAGAACUGCCUAUUCGAUACCUGAGGAAUAUCAAUGAAGAGCUGAAGGAACAGUGCCACUGCGAUUUUGUCACGGCUACCUAUCACUUAAUAGUUACAGGCGAUUGCUAUGCCCCCUUGAAGGAAUUUCUCGCUACCACCAUCAGCGACAGAGGACAAAAACGAUGGGAGAAGACGGUAGCUGGUGGCUAUGAAGCCCUCCGCCGACUUGCCUAUGAAUGUCUGAUGCCGGCUCUGGAACGCUGCGGCGUGCUACUGAGCCGACUGAUAGGGCUAUCAAAGUACCACCGCAUCAGCCCGAUUCUAGGCCUGGAGAUGACCUAUCUCAAGGCAUGCGUUGCAACUCUGGACUGCCUUACCUUGCUAGCUCACAAGGUCGUGCUUCACAGCAGCACAGAGCUCAAGGAGUUCCAUGCCUUCUCCCACUGGAUGCAGCAUGAGAUCAAGCUCCAGUCAACAGAUCCAACAUCAUCGACGAUAGAUGAACUGGUAGAGGCGGCAGACGAGAUUGAUUAUGGUACAACGCUGGGAUAUGUCAAGGGCGCACUCACCAACAGUGCUUUGCAAGGGUUCUUGCAAGUACCACAGCCACCACCACCAGGGGCACCAGGGGCAGAUCCAGAAGACAGGAAACGAUGGGAUGUUGAUAUUCAGGACGACGGCACAUUUUACGAAGAAUACAAGAAGGUAGUAUCGCAGCAUGAGUCGCAGCGGUCGGUUGAAGGACUAUCGAUACCGAUGCUGGGUGACCUGACUGCCAGGCUUUCGGCGCAGUGUGAUCGGGUAUUCAAGCAGAUAGCAGAGACACAGCGAAGAGGAACGCUAUUCCGGUCUACUCUCAAGCUGAACGAUGACUGUGACGCUACCGUCCUCGACAUGGCCAUGAAUUUUGAGGUGAGUGUGCGUCGUCUUAUCUUCCGGGUGAAGCUGGCUGACGGCGUUUCUCAGGAGUACGAAGGUGAAAGCCUGCCCUCAAUAUAUGCUGCAUCCCGAUCUCGCACCACCACACAUAAAUUCUACAUCUACCGGCACAUCCUCAGCGUUGUCAACGGGGUGAGCUCGACCAAGGCCAGCCUCCAGGCCACCGUCGAGCUCGGCUCGGGCAGCAUCCAGGACCUCAAGUUCGUUGAAGACGGCACUCUGAUGCUCCUCUGGAAGUCCAAAGGCAUGUUUCUUCCUGUUUUCUUUCUUCUCUUUCUUCUCUUUGCAUGCUUCUCCGGUCUAACAACCCCCCUAGUAUCACACCUGGUCAGCAUUCCCUACCUCCCCAGCAAGCACGACAAGGUUGAGAUCGACUUCACCGCCGCCGAGCCAGCUGGGAGCCUCCAUCUGGCCCUGGACCACCUGUUCAUAGCUGCUGGUAUUAAGAAUAAUAACUACAACGGCCUCCCUGCGUCUGCCGCAGCUCAAAAACAGAGACACGGAGAAGCAUCCAGAUAA